GUUAUCAAACAUGAGACAAGGAAAGAUGUGACCUUGUCAAAAGUGUACACCUACACCAUGUCAGGAUGGCCAGCUACUGGCAGAAAGGAGUUGACUCCGUAUUUCCAGCGGAGAAACGAAAUUACAACGUACCAGGGAUGUUUGAUGUGGGGAAUGAGAGUCAUGAUACCCCAGAAAUGCCAACAUUGAGUCUUGCAGCAACUACAUGAAGGUCAUGUUGGAAUUGUCAAAAUGAAGCUGCUCGCAAGGAGCCACUUCUGGUGGCCAGGUCUGAACCAACAGAUAGAAAAUAUGGCAAAGAACUGUAGUGGAUGUUUGGAAACCCUUCACAUGCCUGCUCCUGUCCCAGUCCACCCAUGGGAAUGGCCCGCAGAGCCAUGGCAGAGAAUUCAUGUGGACUACGCUGGUCCUUUUGAAAAGCACAUGUUUCUGGUUAUAGUGGAUGCCCAUUCCAAAUGGCCAGAGGUGUUUUGCACUGACUCCUCCACCUCAGCUCAGACGAUAGAGUGUCUCAGAACGUUUGCACGCUUCGGUUUGCCACUGCAGCUGGUAAGUGACAACGCGCAAGCUUUUGUAAGUGACGAGUUUACAAGAUUCAUGUCAGUAAAUGGAAUCAAACACUCAACUUCAGCUCCGUACCACCCUGCCACCAAUGGGCUGGCAGAACGCUUUGUGCAAACUCUAAAGCAAGGACUCCGUGCAGCAAAACGAGACGAAGGGACUUUGCAAACAAAACUGGCCAAGUUCCUGGCCUCCUACCGAAACACCCCACAUGCCACAACAAAUGAAAGCCCAGCCGCACUGAUGUUCGGGAGGCCUCUCCGCACACAGCUGGACAUAAUGAAGCCAAACAGGCGUAAUGAAGUGCUGAACAAACAAGCCAAGAUACUCUCCGGUGGCCGGGAGCGCCAUCUCCAAACAGGACAGGAAGUGAUGGUGCGAGACUACAGAAGAGGAGGGAAAUGGACAAGAGGGACCGUACACACACAAACGGGACCCAGAACUUACCAGGUUCAAGUGAGCCCAGACAUAAUGUGGCGGCGUCACAUUAACCAAAUGCAUUCCACGGAAAACAGCACAACAAUCGAGAGAGAACAGGCACAGAGAGCUCCCGAGAGUGACACACAGGGAACUGUAGAGGACGGUGGGGCAGUAGAGAGACCCCAGGCUGAAAGAAGGGAACGUGUUGAUGAAGGUGCUGCUAUAGCAGACGCUAUAAUGGAAGAAGCACACACUGAGGAUGUUCAGGAGCCUCCAGACAAUCUGAGGCGCUACCCAGAACGAAGGCACCUGAUCGGCUUCAACAUGGAGACAGUGACGUACAAGAACCUGAAGUUCCAGGUGUGGGAUCUUGGUGGGCAGACAGGAAUCAGGUAA